AUGUCCAAUACAUUUAACAAUAUGAAUUCAAGCGUCAGGAAUGGGGCAGUAAAUACCGUUUCAAAUGCUAAUGACGCUGUAGGUUCAUACGUACCUUUUUUAAGUGCACUGAAUGUUCUAGUUAGAGAAGUUAAUAAAAUUUACGAGAGUGCGGAAUGUAAUAAAGAACUUUGCUCAAUUAUGUCGGAUCGAGUAGCACUUGGAGAAUUUGCCAUGAAAAGAAUUUUAGAAAAAAAUAACAGCGAAUAUUAUUUUCAAAAAUAUUUUUUGUCCUUUAAAAAAUUUGAGAAUGUUUUGAUAAAUAUUAAGGAUUUCACUAAUAAAGUGUCAAAGCUCGAAGGUUUUAGAAAAUUUUUCAACGCAACAGAAGUUAAAAAAAAUUACGAAAAAUUAAUAAAAGAUUUUGAUACAUCUAUGAAUGAUCUACAAUUUAAUAUAGCCAAUGUCGAUGAAAGUCAAAAUCAAAAAGUCGAUGAAUCAUUAAGAGGAGUUGAAGAAACUCUCGAAAAACUUGAUAAGCUCGAUUUAGUGACUCAAAGUGUGAACAUUGCUAAACAUUCGGAUAAUGUCACUCCACAAAAAAUAGAUCCAAGUGAAUUAAGUGAACUUAUUAUACCAAAUAAACAAGACCAUCGUGUAAAGAAAUUUUAUAAAGGUUCAGAAGUUACAUGUAAACCCACUAAAAAUUCCGAAUAUCUUGAUCAUGAAUUAGCUAUACUUGGAAAAUUGGGUCAAUCCCCACACAUUCUCCAGUUUUAUGGUCUAUCAUAUGUUGAUAACCGAGAAGUUAUGGUUUUCGAUUGGGCUGAAUAUGGAACUUUAAAAGAACAUUAUAAUAAUUACAAUAUUCCAUGGGCUAAAAAAAUACGAAUUAUUCGAGAUCUUUGCCGUGGUUUUAUAUUUUUACGUAGUGUAAAUAUCUUCCAUCACGAUGUGAGAUGUAAAAAUGUUUUCGUAUCACAUAACCUGGAUCCGAAACUUGGAAAUUUCGGCUGUGCUCGCUCGGUUAAUAAAGAUUCUAGAAAUCUUAAAGACAUUGCAGCUGAUAUUGUCCACUGGAUGGCUCCUGAACAGAUCGAUAAAUAUAAGAAUGGAAAAUAUCAAGAAAACAGAUAUACGUUUAAUAGUGAAAUGUUCAGUUUCGGAAUGCUUAUUUGGGAACUUUGUUAUGAAAAAAUACCUUACGGAGGUUGGAAUUUUAAAGAAGUAAUAGACCACGUACUAAGUGGUAAACGAGAAGAGCUCUCUCAUGGAAUUUCUAACAACCCUGUUGACGAGGAGAUUAAUUUAGAAUUUAUUAAAAUAAUUCGUGAAGCGUGGAAACACAUACCACACGAACGAAUAUCUAUCACAGAUUUACAUCAAAAACUUGAAAACUUGACUGAAACCUACUCAACUUUUAAUGACAUGUCAUUGAACAAAAAAACGUCAAACGCUGACAAGAUGAAUACUGCAAGAAUUAUAAAGCCAGUGUCGCCAGAACUUGAAGAACGUUCUUCAUAUAUUCCUCUUGAAGAAGGAAUAAGACUUCAUCAAAGUAAAGAUUACAAAAAAGCAUGGCAAUGCUUUGUUCAAAAUGCAGAACUUGGCAUUCUAAAAGCAAAAUAUUGGCAAGGAUACUACUUAUAUCAUGAGUACGAUGUUGUAAAGAAAGAUAUUGAAAAAGCAAAGCAACUAUAUAAAGAAGCUGCUAAUGGUGAUCAUCCUGAUGCACAAUAUCGAUAUGCGGCUUUAUUGCUUUCGGACCUAAAAAAAGAAGAAAACAAUAAAGAGAAAUAUUGUAAAGAAAUUCUUCAUUAUUUCAAAUUAGCAGCUAAUAAUAAUCAUGUUGACGCAAUGUAUUGUAUGGGAGAUAUCUAUGUAAGAGGAAAACUUCAAUUGCAACCAAAUAAAGAACUUGGUUUAGAAUAUUUAAGAUUAGCAGCCAAAAAUAAUUGUCAAAAAGCAAUUGAUCUAUUGAAAGAAUUAGAAAAAGAAGAUCCUAUGGAUGUUGAUGGGCAGCUUUCAUAA